AUUAUGAUUAUGAUUAUGAUUAUGAUUAUGAUUUUUCUUCUUCUUCCUCUUAUUAACGCUGUCUAGCCCAUAAACUCGUCAAUAGCAGCGAUGGUUAUCUAUGGGUUGUCUGCUACUAUUGCGUGUCGCAGAGACGUCGUGAAACAAGCUGAAACUUGGUUGAGACCCAUUAGCAUACCGGAUCGCAUUGCUCGCAGCUCAGGGAGCAUGUUUCAGCCUGAUAACAUCGGAUACGGCGUUUCGCAAGGCCCUGACAGUAUCUCAUUGACCAUAAAUAGCUUCACGACGGACCGAGGUGGCGCACAAGUCGCUAAUCAGUGAUCAGUCUCAAGUCGAUUUUGCAAUCAUAAAUGAAGGAUUGCCCAACAUCAACAACUAAUUAGUCGAUGUGACUAUAUCACUGCAAAGAUCGCAAUCCUGACAUAGUAUCUCUGGCCAUCUCUCUGGCGAGAACCUAAUCUGGAUUGGAUCUAUACUGGUUCUUGCAAUGGUCAAUUUGAGUAUUCUAAAAAGCCUGGAAGAAAUGGCUCUGGCUCUGGGGUCUUCCUUCUAUCACUACCAAUUGGUAUUCUAUCUCCUGCAAUGGAAUUCAAAAUAGAUUACAAUAGCGACGGCUUCUAUGUCGGCGUAAUAUUCGCCAUCAAACACAGCCUAGAUUUUCAUUAUUCGUGUAUACACUGCAUCAACAACAAUGCUUC